GGCAAUUAUAGGGCCGCAAGGUCAACUGCACUGGGCACCCGCUCGCACGCCCACGCUGCCUAUAUAUUCUCGGCCCGUCCGUGCUCCCCCUCCAACCCGACCCGAGAGCUCACCAGCUAGAUCAGGUUCCUCGCCUUCGUCUUGCUCCCACCUGCAACCGAAGCUCUGCUCCGGGUAGAUCGACACCCGUCACAGGACGGAGGCGAACAGAGAGUGGAGAUGGCUCGGCAAGGCGGUGUCGUCUCGCUGGUGAUGGUGCUGCUCCUCGGCGCCUGCCUGCCGGCGCCGGCCGCCGCGGGGGUGCUCCUCUCCACGCUGCCCAAGGCGCUCGCCGUCACAGCCUCCCCCAAGCCCGGCCAAGUUCUGCACUCCGGCGUGGACAAGGUCACGGUGACGUGGUCCCUGAACACCACUGAGCCCGCCGGCGCCGACGCGGCCUACAAGAGCGUGCAGGUGAAGCUGUGCUACGCGCCGGUGAGCCAGAAGGACCGCGGGUGGCGCAAGUCCGACGACGACCUCAGCAAGGACAAGGCGUGCCAGUUCAAGCUCACCCAGCAGGACUACGCCGCCGGCGCCCGCGGCAGCUUCGAGUACACCGUCGCCCGCGACAUUCCCACUGGCUCCUACCACGUGCGUGCCUACGCGCUCGACGCCUCGGGAACGCAGGUGGCCUACGGCCAGACCGGCCCCGCCACCGCCUUCGACGUCGCCGGCAUCACGGGCAUCCACGCAUCCAUCAAGGUCGCCGCCGGCGUGUUCUCGGCUUUCUCCGUCGCCGCGCUCGCCUUCUUCUUCGUCGUCGAGAACCGCAAGAAGAACAAGUAGAGGCCUGAUGUGUGGCGUCCAUGUAAUGCUUGUAUGUUAUCGCGCGUUGAGUUCUUUCCGGCUGGUCUUGGCGAGGGCUUGUUCUGUGUAACAGAGACGGCACGGUGAAACUAAACCUACUCUAAAAUUGCAGGUGUAAUUGUCAGUGCUGCGAUUAUCUGUUUC